CCUCCCUCCACCUCCUCAUCCAUUGCCCCCAAUUGCUUGCCUCCUUAUCAUUGUCGGCCUCUCAAACAACUCUACGUCGCUCGUCGCCUCCUCUCCGCUCAUUAUCGUUGGUGGUUUCCGCCAUUAUCCUUCGCUUUCAAGGUCGAGUGGCGCUGCCGGGGAAUUCCUAGAGCUUCUGGAACUUCCCAACGACUUGCGGCAGCUUGACUCGUCCACGAAGCUCUUUGCUCUUCUGCGAAGAAUUGCGAAGAACAAUCCUGUUGAUACUCGGUAGUCGGUGCGUGCUGGACACGAUCGACGGAAGUGCGGAGUAGUGGUGGUAUUGCACAGACAUGGCCGCCGACUACCGAUCUUCCAUGCGCGCCAUCUGCACCUUACUUUUCUUCUGCCUUCCAAUCGCUCAAGCGUUUUAUAUUCCCGGAUUUUCAAUCAAAACCUACAGCGAAGGCGACCCAAUCCCGCUAUUCGUGAACAAAGUCUACUCCGACAACACCGAGAUUCAGUAUGCCUACUCCGAGCUCCCCUUCGUCUGCCCGCCCACGCGACGCCAUAACCCCGGCGGCCUCAUCUCCGGCUCCAACGUCGCCCUGAACCUCGGCGAGGUCCUCCGCGGCGAUCGCAUCAUGGUCUCGGACUACGAGUUGGAGAUGGGCAAGGAUGACGAGGCGAGAUAUCUGUGCAGUCAAAAGGUGAAUCGCGCGGAUCUGAAAAAGGCGAUUGAAGUGGUCAAGCAGGGCUAUGUGGCGGAGUGGAUUGUCGACAACCUCCCGGGAGCGACGAGCUUCGUCACCGUGGACAAGAGCCGGAAAUACUAUGCCCCAGGUUUUAAGGUGGGAUAUGAGGAGACCUCGUGGACUACCGGUCGACCGAGAUACUUCCUCAACAACCACGUCACCCUGGUCAUCCGCUAUCGCCAGGCUCCGGGAAGAGCCGGCCAGCGCGGCAAGAAGGUCAUCUUGGGCUUCGAGGUGUACGCAAAGUCCAUCGAGGCCGAGAAUCGCGAUGCCUCCGGCCUUCCUCCCGAUUUGCGGAGCAAGCACCGCCCGCUGGAACUCACCAUGGCGAGGAACGUGACGAAUUCCACCCUCUCCGGCAGCUCCGAGUCCUCCUUCCACCUCGAGAUGCUCGACGACGGUGCGGAGGAUGCGGUGCUCACCAUUCCCUACACCUACAGCGUCUACUUCCGCGAAGAUGACAAAACUAGCUGGGAGAACCGGUGGGAUCCCUACUUCGUCAAUCAAGAGGAGAGCACGGGGGUUCAUUGGGUCGCCAUCGUCAACUCUCUCACCAUCUUCGGCUUGCUGACGUCGGUUGUUGCCGUCAUCUUCACCCGCAUGGUCCGUGGAGACAUCAAGCAGGGCAUAUUGGAAGAGGGGAAGAGUCGUGGCAAGCGCAGAGGGUUGAAGUCGCCUCGUCGCAGCGGGGAGAAGACCGGUGGCCUACUCGAGCAGCCGGGUGAUGUCGACACCAUCGAUCUGUCUGACGAGGAGGUGAUUGAGGAAGUCACCGGUUGGAAACUCGUCCACGCCGACGUCUUCCGCUCUCCUGCCAACGGCUACCUCCUCGCCCCGCUCAUCGGAUCGGGCAUGCAGCUUAUUUUCAUGGCAGUGGGCCUGAUCACUCUCAGCUGCUUUGGUGUGCUGAACCCCAGCUUCCGCGGCGGCUUCAUCUCCGUCGGCAUGGCCCUCUUCCUCCUCGCCGGCAUUUUCUCGGGCUACUUCAGCGCGCGUGUUUACAAGACCUUCGGCGGCUUGAACUGGAAAUACAACGCAGUUGUGACCGCCACGCUCGUGCCUGGUCUAAUGUUCGCCACCAUCUUCAUCCUCAACCUCUUCGUCUGGGCCCAGGCUUCCUCCACCGCCAUUCCCCUCGGCACGCUCUUCGGCCUCGCAGCUCUCUGGCUCUUCGUCCAGCUCCCUCUGGUGUACGGCGGGAGUUAUUACGGCUUCUGGAGGAGCGGGGCGUACACCCAUCCGAUCAAAGCGGGCAGUGUUGCGCGACAAAUCCCCAUUCAGCCGUGGUAUGCGCGGCCCGUGCAACUCGCUCUCGCCGCCGGCCUCAUUCCCUUUGCCGUCAUUUUCAUCGAGCUUCUCUUCGUCUUUCACAGCCUGUGGUCGCAAAAGACUGGGUAUUACUACAUCUUCGGCUACCUGGCCGUCGUCUCCACCAUUCUCCUUCUCGCCGUCAUGGAGACGACCAUCAUCGCCGUGUACAUCCAGCUCUGCUCGGAGAACUACCACUGGUGGUGGCAAUCCUUCUUCCUCGGCGCCGCCUCGGCCGCGUGGAUCUUUGCGUACAGCGUCUACUACUACGUCCACGCGCUGCACCUCACCGGCUUCGUGAGCAAUCUGCUCUUCUUCGCGUACACGCUGCUGGCCUGCUCCAUUUACGGCCUGCUGAUGGGCACCGUCGGCUUCUUGACGGCCUACGCUUUUGUCCGGCGUAUUUAUAGCGCGAUCAAGGUGGAUUGAGCAGCUACUCGGGAUAGAUUAGAUGGCAUGCU